CGAAACCGUAACUGCGAAGGAAAGCGGAAACCAUAGAAACAGAGGAAGCCACUGUAUAAUGGUAACACUAAAAUGGCAGCUUUGUUUCUUGGCACAACGUUGACGUAUGAAGUAUAAAAUAUCAAACUAUGGAAGGAAUAAAACUUCUUGAACCGACAGAUUUCUACAACAUCCUUAAUCAGGAAAUGAAAUACCCGAUGCUGAGUGAUCAGACAUAUCUCCUGCUUUUUGAUGUAAGGAAACUUGAACAGUUCAUGGAAAGUCACAUAAUUACUGCUAAAUUAUCUCAAACUAAUGAUGAUGGGGCAUAUAAAAUUCCAAUUGAUGGAGAACUGGAGACUAAAAGAAACAUUGUGGUUUAUGAUGAUAAAACAACCACUCUUUCAUCACCAGAUAGCAAGGCAGUGGCUUUUGCGAGGUUCCUCUGGGACAAUGGCAGCAAAUACCCAGUGCAAGUCAUAAAAGGUGGAUAUGAGAAGCUCAGUGGGCUCUAUCCGUUUCUACGAACCCAAGAAAUGCUUUAUUCUCCGCAGCAACUCGAUGACAUUUUCAUCUACCCGGUUGAAAUCAUACCAGGAUUCCUGUUUCUUGGAAAACACAGUAAAUCGCAAAGUGGCAGAGUAAACAAGGAUCUCAAAGUCAAAGCCCAUGUCAAUGUCUCAGAUCGCAAGGAUACAUUGUUUCAGGGAAAGCCAGAUAUUCAAGGCAAAAACAACAAGAUGGUUCCAGUUCUUUUAAACGUCAACGUUUUGGAUAAAAAGGGAGAAGAUAUUCUAUCUUCGUUUUCUCAAAUCUGCACCUUCAUUGACUCACACGAUACGAGAGAUGGAAAAUCCGUUCUGAUAUCAUCUGAAUUGGGUAUAAGCAGAAGUGUCACUGCAGCCCUUGCUUAUAUGAUGUAUCGCAAUAAAUGCUCUCUACAGAUUGCUUGGAAUCACAUGAAACAGUGCAAAAAGAACAUCUGCCCGAAUCGUUCGUUCAUUGACCAAUUACUGACAUGGGAGGUAGAGACAGUGGGUGAGAAAGUAACUGAUGUUAAUAUGAUAGAGCCGUAACGUAAGUGAUCAAGGAAAGUGUCUCAAAACGACAAGAUCUUGAUUCAUAAGGACUUUAUGAUGCACAUAAAAUUCUUGUUACAAUCUAGCUUUUAAAGGAUAAACUGCAAUCUAUGCGUACGUUGUACAUGUGUAACAUAUAAAUUUAAAACUCUCAGCGUUUAAAUGAUUGAGGUCCACUUUGCUACUAAACUAUUUCUCUACACGCUAAAUUAAAUUCUUCUCACAAACUACACUAAAAGCAUCUGUAAAACAUCAAACUUCAAUUCAAAUAUAUAUUUCAUUUCAUUUUAGUAUAUUUAAUUAUGGUAGCCCGUUGAGCAUUGCUGGUUUACAAGCAGUGGCUACAGCAGUAGGGUACCAUAGUUCGAUAACUUGGGGUUCUUAACCAAAAAAGGAUCCCCAAGUUAUAUUUAUAUCCAUGUUUUUUAAAACUUUGUUCCAGUUCUACUCAUUUUCAAAAACUUUUAAAACUCUUCAGCUGAAACUUCUAUAACUCAACUCCAAAUAGUUUAUCACAUUUAAAUCUUGUGUUUGACAUGCUCCGCACCCUAGGCUGUGCUCCAGAACCCUGACUUGAAAGUUAGGGGUCUGGAACACAGGCUACCGUACCCUUGAUCGGACUUUAUUGCAGUCCGUAAAUAGGGGCCCCUUCUCAAGUUUUUCUUAAGGCCCCAGAUAUCUCUGUUACGUCACUGUUUACAAGUUUUGUUAGUUUAAUUUUCCACAUGAUAUUUCCAUGAAAUAUUUCGAAGGUGAUUCGCA